AAGCCGGAAGCGAAGGGCCGUUGAGGUGGGUCGGCCCGGAGCGCGCACCCCGCCCGGCCCGGCCCGGCCCUCUCUGCCGGCGGUGCUGUCCGCUUCGCCUGGCUUUUCGGUCCGUGGCGGCCGCCCGGCCCAGCCCCUCCGUCGUCCCCCGCGGGGGGCCGCUUUGCUUUUCCCCUCCAGCUAUGAAAUUUCUGUUGGUUUUUGAUUUUGACCAUACGAUCAUAGAUGAAAACAGUGAUACCUGGAUUGUGAAAUGUGCUCCUGGGAAAAAGCUUCCUAAUGAAUUAAGAAACUCCUAUCGACCAGGACACUGGACUGAAUAUAUGGGUAAAGUCUUUGCCUACUUGGGAGACAAUGGCAUCAAAGAAGAUGAGAUGAGAAGAACUAUGACAACAAUUCCAUUCACUGCGGGGAUGGUAGAUCUUCUAGGCUUUAUUGGCAAGAACAAAGAGUUCUUUGACUGCAUAAUUAUUUCAGAUUCUAAUACAGUAUUUAUUGACUGGAUUUUAAAAGCUGCUGACUUUCAUAAGGUGUUUGAUGAAGUGUUUACAAACCCUGCAGCGUUUACUAGUACUGACUAUCUUACUGUACAGAAUUUCCACACUCACUAUUGUGCAAGGUGCCCUAAAAACCUUUGUAAAAGGAAAGUAUUAAAAGAAUUUCUAGAUAAACAAUUGGAGCAAGGAGUAAGUUAUACACAAAUUGUGUAUAUAGGUGAUGGUGGGAAUGAUCUAUGCCCAGUAACUUUUUUGAAGAAGGAUGAUAUUGCUAUGCCUAGGAAGGGAUAUACUUUAGAGAAGAAGAUCUCUCAGCUCUCUCAAAAUCUCAGUCCUGUAGAAUGUUCUGUUCUGGUCUGGUCAACUGGUGGAGAAAUAAUGUCUUACUUGAAACUGCUUCUUAAGGAAUAAUUCAAAUGAUAAAAGGAAAUAAAUAUUGUUAUAUUUUAUCUUCCUAUAACUGCAUGCACAUAAAACCACUAAAUUGUAAAGUUGACAUGAUAUUAUCUGGACCUGUGGGUUUUUUUAAAAUACAAUAUGAAAGUGUUUAUCUUCAAUUUUGACAAUACAGGGGAAAUGAUGUUAAAAUGACUUUCUAACAUACUACGUAUUCCAAUAAAAUGGAGAAGAAUGGUUGCAAGGAGAAUUGAACAUAAUCCUUUUUUUUAAUUAUUAUUUUCUAAGCCUUUAUCAACUGCAUAACUGACUUCUGUUCACAUGCAUACAGAAGACAUAGGAUUAGUGCACAAAAGAAUGAAGUUCUUGUAAAAUGUUAGGUGCUGGGAAUAAGGUUCUGGGCUUUGUAUACUUUUUUUAAAUCAGGAUACUUAAUGUGUAAAUUAUUUAGUGUGCUUGUAAUUUUGUUUGAUUUGAAGGUGCAUUUAUAUUUUAAUAUACUAAAUAUUUUACCAAACAGAAUUACUUUUUAAUGUUUUAUAUUAAAGUCAAUAAA